ACGUAUUAUUCCGUGCUUCUCCAUUCGUAUUUGUGAGAAAAAAGAAAUAAACGAGAAGCCGAACCGCUGGCGUGUUGACACCGCUUCUCCUGCAGGAGCGCCUGUCGUAUCUGCUGGUGAGGCGCAACUUCGCGCAGGACGCCGAGCAGUGCCGCCUGUCGAUGGACGCCCUGGCGCGCGCCCUCUCCUCGUUCGCCUUCAAGCCGGGCCACAUCUUCCCGCCGGGCUCGGUGGACGAGCGCAGCCUGGUCGUGCUGUUAUCGUGCAUCCGCCUGGAAGGAGCGUGGCGGCACUCCUUCCAGCCGGUCAGCGGGGAAUUCCACGAGACGCCCGAGGCCGCCGUCACUGUGGCCAUGAUGCGACAGACAGGCUCCUUCCGCAUGUUCCGGUGCUCGGAGCUGGAGGUGACGGUGCUGGAGCUCCCGUACGAGAACCGCGACGUGUCGCUGGUGGUGUUGCUGCCGCGCCGCCUCGACGGGCUCGCGGCGCUCGAGAAGCGGCUGACUGCCGCUCGGCUGCUUCACUGCGUGGCACGGCUCGAGGAGCGGCACAACGUGACGGUGUACAUGCCCAGGCUCAAGCUGCGGAGCGUCACCGACCUGGGGCCCGUGCUGAAGGAUAUGGGCCUCGGCGUGCUCUUCACGGACGAGGCCAACCUUAGGUACCUGAGCAAAGCAGAGGGCGCGCACCUGUCAGGCGCGCGUCACGUGGCCGUCCUGCACGCCAACCGGAAGGGGGCCACGGGUUCAGACAGCCCCUCCUCCUCCUCUCCCUCUACUGGCCACGGCGUGGUCUCUCCUCCGUCGAUGGGCGCCAGUCCGCCCACCAGCCCGCCGAGCGGGGCCCUGUCUCUCGCACCAGCAGCGGACUCGUCCAGCGGCUUCAGCAGCGGCUCCGCAUUCGACGAGCAGCGCACCCUGGCGCAGUUCGUGGUCGACCGGCCCUUCAUGCUGCUCAUGCUCAAGCGCCGGCCCGACGUCGUGCUGCUACUCGGCUCCGUCAAGAAGCUAGUCUGAGUUUCAUGCGGGCGUGUCACGGCCGGCGAUGCGGUUGCAGUAGCGUUUGCAGCAGCUGUUUUCAGCCCGCACUCGUUAAUUGCGAAAAAAUACAGUAUCCUAGCGUGCGAAGCGCUUCUCGUGCUGUCGUCUUUGUGCGCACUUGUGACCUCUGUUGGAACGUCUGCCAACG